CACCGGAUCUCAUGCUCUUGUUGUUGCUGUGGUGCACUGGACGACCGAAACGAGACGUUUCAUAUGAUGUGUGAAUUGUAUACAAAUGUUUGCGAUGGUGUUGGUAGUUUGUAUACAAUUGUAUCGUUUGUUUCAAUGUUUAUUUGUGUAUUUUUAAAGGUAUUAAACUUCUUUAUCUGAGGAUAAAGCUGUAAAUAUCCGCGAGAUUUACUACACGACGCGUGUCAUUUCGUUCCCCAAGAAAAACAGCAAAAUACAACUGAAGUGGAAGAAAAAAACCAUCCAACUAUAAACGAAAAAACCCUAAAUACAAACUGCAACAACUGGAAAAUUACAUUGAAUACCCAAACAACUUAAAAUCCUGCAUUUCGUCGGUUUUUGUUUAUUCAUAUUGGAUUCGUAACGACUUCAAAAAUCGCAUCAUCACAUCCCAAAAAAAGAAAGGAAAUUGUUUGCUACUCGAACUCGUAUUGUAUGGUUUAUAUGUAUAAAUAUUUGUCUGUCCGUCUGUCUACUCACUCGUUUUUUUAAAUGGCAACAUUUAGGCCAAAACUGCAAUUGCAUUGAUUUGAUUUCUCAUCGUAUUCUCUAGAGGAGUUUUGGUUGGUUUUUGUUUUACGUUUCGUUUGUUGACCAGAAGCAUCCGUUAAUGUUUUACCAACAACUUAACGGCUCGUUGUUUCUUAUUGCCAUAAUGUGCACAGCUAGCUGCUGCUCGCACUAUACUCCUCAACAUUUCUCGUACAACAAUCAGUGAUUUUAAAUCUUUUUGAAUUUUAAAUUUAAACCAUUCAACGACAAUAAGAGGAAAAAAUACAAGAAAAAAGAAAAAAACUAUUUACCAAAUGUGAAUUUUGUGGCGGCUUCUUCUAAAAAAAAUAUUGUACAAAGAAAAAAACUAUCUACAAACGUUCAAUUUCUACAUAAGACUACAAAGCAAAAACAGUACUACAAUAAAAAAACCUUUUGUGGCGUGAAAAUAAAAAAACAAACAAUUGUUUAUUGUCUUUUCAGCAAAAAAAAUAGGAAUUUCGCUUGGAAAUUACAAUCAUAACUUUGUGUUUUGUGCUGGUUUUUGUAAAAUUUUCUAGACUUACUGUCGCCGCAGCAAAAGCCGCCGCCAUGUUGGUUCCGCCUGAUAUGAUGGCCGCCCAGACGCGCAUGAUCUAUCAGAUGAAUCGUUAUUGUGCUGAACGUGUUCAAGCUCGCAUGUUUAAAACUGCUACGGCCAUUCGCGAAAUUUGCAAAAUUGUCCAGGAUAUUUUAAAAGAGGUCGAAUUACAGGAACCUCGUUUUAUCUCUAGUUUAGUUGAGUGUAAUGGCAGAUAUGAAGGCGUCGAAGUUAUCUCACCCACAGAAUUCGAAAUUGUUUUAUAUCUCAAUCAAAUGGGUGUUUUUAAUUUUGUCGAUGAUGGUACUCUACCCGGUUGUGCCGUUCUCAAGUUAAGUGAUGGUCGCAAAAGAUCCAUGUCCUUAUGGGUGGAAUUUAUAACAGCCUCUGGUUAUUUGUCGUCAAGAAAAAUAAGGGCACGUUUUCAGACUCUGGUAGCACAAGCAUGUGAUAAAAGUAUUUAUCGUGAUAUGGUGAAAAUGAUUGGCGAUACUACGGAGGUAAAAUUGAGAAUACGUGAACGGUAUAUAGUUCAAAUAACACCGGCAUUUAAAUGUUCGGGUAUAUGGCCAAGAUCGGCGGCACAUUGGCCUUUACCGCAUAUACCCUGGCCACAUCCAAGUAUAGUGGCUGAAGUUAAAACGGAAGGUUUUGAUUUGUUGUCGAAAGAAAGUGUCAUAUUUCAGAAUAAAACAAAUAAUGCGGCCAGCAUGGAGGGAGAUGCUUGGGUGUUGAGUUUUUUUGAGGCCGAAAAUAGAUUGUUGCAAGGUGGCUGCCGUCGUCGUUUGCUUAGCAUUUUGAAAACUUUAAGAGAUCGUCAUUUGGACUUACCCGGUAAUCCGAUAACAGCCUACCACUUGAAAAAUUUGUUACUCUAUGAAUGUGAAAAACAUCCACGAGAUUUUGAAUGGGAUGAACCUUGCAUUGCUGAUCGUAUCAAUGGUAUAUUUCUGCAAUUAAUAUCCUGUUUGCAGUAUAGACGUUGUCCCCAUUAUUUUCUACCUAGUUUGGAUCUAUUUAAAGGUAAAUCUCCUAGUGCCUUAGAACAGGCAGCCAAACAGGUGUGGCGUUUAACACGUGAGAUGUUAACAAAUAACAAUGCAUUUGAAAAAUUGUAAAACGUUAAAGAAGAAAGAGCCCAACUAACAAAAGAUAAAGGAAGUCUGCUGCUGUAAGCAUUAUUUAAAAAUAAAAUGUGUAUAAAAAAAUGAAAACAAAUUCCCCUAGAAAAGCAACGAUAAAAUCAAAGAUUUUUUUAACUAAAUUUUUCUAAAACAAAUUCUUUACACUAUAAUCCUUAGAUUUUAGAUAAAAAACAUUUUUCAUAUACAUAUGUAUUCAUAAUUAAUAGAAAGAGUGCUUUACAUGUGUGUUUUAAUUUCGAUUUUAUAAAAGAUUUUUAUCGGCACUCAUAUGUUGUAUUUAUCACAGGAUAAUCUGUCUUAAUAUUUUUUAAUUUUCCUCUCUUUUUUCACUAUCUAUUGUUUUAGAAAUUUUAAUAUUUUAUUUUUUUUGUAAAUCAUUAUUUACUAACCCUUAAACAUUUCAUAGUCUCAAAUAUUUCACAAUGAUAAAAAAGUUUUUUUUCGAUUUUGCCUAUAACUUUGUAUACGAUUAGAUUUUAUAAUUCAUAAAUAACUAAGCAAAAGUGAUAAUUUGUAAUGUAUAAUUAAGGAAAAUGUUUAGUGCAACGAUUUUCAUUGAAAUUUAUAUCAGUUAUCGACAAACGAAUAAAUGUUGAAGUGCUUUACGCGAACACCAUGAAGUCUUGAUGUUGAACACCGUGAAGUCUUUUUCAACCGCUGGGUAAGCUUCUGAGACGUCUUACUACCGCCUCAUUGUGCUUCUUAUUACACUCCGUUGACAAUUUACGAUUAUGGAAUUUGCGAUGCAGUAUGUGUGCACCUUGGUCAAGUAUUUUAAUUAUGUGAUCUCUGACCAUUGCUGCCCCCGUCACAUGUAUAAGAUACCUUUCUUCCAUCACCAUUUAGUCCAGAAAACUUUUCAUUCAUUCGAAACACUCAUAGAAAACAACAUCCGACACACACAGUCUCGGUAUACUCGGCAAGACCCGUAACCGAAUACAACUUUAUUCAUUCUGUAUGAUAUACAUUUAUCUGUUGGGGAAUCUGUUGUCAUCGGCAACUGUUCCAAACUUAUCUCGAAAUAUAGACUUUACAGUGAAUCAGACUUUCAUCUGCAUCUCAUUCUUCCCGCGAAUUUGGGUUUCAACCACAGCUACUACCUAGAUAUAUUCUGAAGGAACAUCAACCAUCUGACCAGCCAGGACAUAGUCCUAAGGGCAACUGGCCACCCGUAGUACCAGAUUAUGUGAUUCUCUGGUUCGACCCCAUGUCAAAUCAUUCCAAGUAAUGUAUGAGGAGUGAAGUGACAAUAGCAGUUUAUAGAAGAUCUUUUCCCUUGCAAUCCAAAUAACAAAAAGUUGGGAUCUAAAGGAGCCGGAGGGCAGAUUUUAGACGAAAUAUCAAUGGUCACCAUUCAUCGUAGAUCGACGCAAACAAGGAGAAAGUAAAAAUAUCAGUGAAUUCCUGCUCAUGGUUCUCUUUUUCUCCGAAAACGAGACGCACUGAUCCACGGGGCUCAAAAAUUAUGUAGAAUUUUGCUAAUGUUUGACUCAUUUGUCAUUUAUACUCUAAGAAAUGUUUGAUAUCGAAAGUAGACAAAAUAUAUCAAAUCCUUAUAGAAAGCAAAAUAUUCUAGGUUUGGUUACUUCUGUGUAGAACUAGCGGCAAGGCCUAGAAAAUAUGAAACUAAAAGAAAGAAAAUUUUCUAAAUAUUUGGAAACAAAGUGUUACUAUAUCAGUGCCUGUCCGUCUGUUACAUAACACAGCCUGACAAAUUUUAAGCCCAAUGUCCAGAAUAUCUUCUUCUAAAGUAGCGAGCGGUGCUGAAACUAAUAUAUCGAAAAACAAAGAAAUUUAGUCAGAUGUUAAAACUUUAUUUUAAUGUUCAUAGAGACAAAUUUCUGGACAAGAUGUGAUGAAAAAAUCUGAGAAACAGAUUCUAUUUGAGUGCUGCUUGAUCCUUGAUCUGAGUGUUUCGACUUUAUUUGUCAGCCUUUUAUUCAGGAGCAUGUUACACCAAAAAGUAAAAUUAUUUUUUUUCGAAAUCGCCCUAAAAUCGUUACACUUAACAUUUUUCUAAAUAAUUUAUAAUAUUUAUAAAUUUUGUUUAAAACAAUUAAGUCUUAAUAUUUUUCUAAAAAAUA